AUGCAGAAACAAGCAGCAGCAGCAGCAGCAGCAGCAGCAGCAGUAGCAGCAGCAGCAGCAGCAGCAGCAGCAGCAGCAGCAGUGGUGGUGGUGGGAGUUGUGGUGGUGCUGAUGGUGGUGGUGGUGGUGAUGGUGGAAGCAGCGGCGACACCACCACCAGCAGCAGCAGCAGCAGCAGCACCACUACCAGCAGCAGCAGCAGCAGCAGCAGGAGCAGCAGCAGGAGCAGCAGGAAGCGAUGCCCUGACGUGGUAUUGA